AUGUCUUCCGUGCUACAAUCCGUUUCCCGGAGGUUAGCAGGGAAGGUGGCACUGAUCACAGGCGGAGCAAGCGGGAUCGGCGCCGCCACGGCCAGGCUGUUCGCCCAGAACGGCGCCAAAGUCGUCAUCGCCGACGUCCAAUCCUCGCUGGGAGAUUCCGUCGCUAAAGAAGCGAGCUCCAACUCCCAACACCCCGUCUCCUUCGUCAGCUGUGACGUCACCAAGGAGAGCGACGUGGAGAGCGCCGUGGACGCCGUCGUUUCGGCCCACGGGAAGCUCGACAUCAUGUACAGCAACGCCGGCGUCACGGGGGACAGCUCCGGGCACCAGAUCUUGACGGUGGACGCGGAGGAGCUGAGGAGAGUGCUGGACAUCAACGUGGUGGGCGGGUUUUUGUGCGCCAAACACGCGGCCAGGGUGAUGAUCCCGGAGAAAAAAGGGACCAUUCUGUUCACGGCCAGCGUGGUGACGGACACGUUUGGGCUGUUCGCUCACACGUACACGGCCUCGAAGCACGGGCAGGUGGGGCUGGUGAAGAACCUGUGCGUGGAGCUGGGGCAGUACGGGAUUCGGGUCAACGCGGUUUCUCCCGCCGCCGUCCCGACUCCGAUGGCAAUGAAGGCGCUCGGGUUGGACCGGAAGGGGGUUCAGGAGUUCUAUGCUCAGAAGUCGGCGUUGAAAGGUCCGCUGCUGGACGAGAAGGACAUCGCCGAGGCGGCUCUCUACCUCGCUGAUGGGGAACGGCGUCUUAGGCCGGGCCCAUUGAUAUUAUUAUUAUUAUUAUUGUUUUAUUAUUAUUAUUUGUUGGAAUAUUCGGUUAUUAUUCGGGUUAUUCGUAUUAGUUUGGGUCUAGGAUUAUUAUUACCUAUCUUGUUUAGGAAGUAUUCGUUUACUUGUUGCUUUGGGUUUGGGUUUCCUUGUCUUAAGGGGAAAGGGGUUUGUGGGACUUGUCCUAUAAAUAUGUACCUUUGCUCUUCGUUUUAUUAA